AAAGUAAUCGAUAAAAUAGAUAGGAUUGGUUGCCGAUGGCUGUGAUCCUCGUGUGGUCCGUCCGAGUAUUAAACGGGUUUUGGAGUAUAAUGGCCACCGUGGUCCUCUCACCGUCCCUGCCUUUGGUAAACUAGAGGACGUCUCUACUGACAUCCUGAGAGCACUCUUUUCCAGCGGAAUCCAUCUUAUCUACGCCCCCCCAGAGAUUAUCCACUAAUUGCGGGUCUACUUGGUGAUACCGACCGAUUUCCUCCUCCAACUAAUUUAAUGGCCAUAGCCGAUCCGAAAGACUGCGAAGGUGUUUUUGAUUAUCUACUAGACUGGGACUACAACGUUCUCGAGCCAUUUCCAUUUUCUUCUCUUGACACCUUAAUCAUGGAAGAUUCAGAGCCCCUUGUGCCAGAAACCUAUGAACCUCCCUUGUGGGAUUGCCAAACAUGUGCCCGUGAUCCUCCUGGCCGAAUCUUUGAUAAUCUGAUCACACAUCUAUCUGAUGAUGAACAUCAUGAGCUGCUGUUGCGUUGGCAUCCACGGGUUGCUCCUCCUGCCAUGGGAACUUUGGAUCCACCGGUUGCUUCUUCUGGCAUGGAAACUUUGCAUCCACUGGUUGCUCCUCCUGCCAUGGAAACUUUGGACCCAUCGGUUGAGAAGGCUUUGUCGGAGCAGUUGCAGAUAUCGAAAGAGUUUUUUGAGGGAAACCCGAACGACGCUGUAACAUUGGUCUGCUGGGACAUCAAAAAGUGUCCAGUUCCACGUGACUGUGAUCCUCGUCGGGUCGGUCCGUGUAUUAAACAGUUAUUGGAGAAUAAAGGCUACUCUGGUCCUCUCAAAAUCAUUGCCAUUGGCCCACUAGAAGGCGUUCCUAAAGGCAUCCUGAGUGGAGUCUAUUCCAGUGGAAUCUCUCUUUAUUGCGCUAAUAUAGUGGUCAUAUCGGAAGCAUAUUCUUUGCCUUCUGGCUAUGCCGCCAACAUACAAUCGGAGGGAUACAACUUUGCUAAGCCGAUUCCACCUGAUUCUUUUGAAAGUUUUUUCCGUGCAGAGUCAGGGGCACUUGAGGAGGAUAAGUGCAGUGAAACGAGUGGAUCUGCCUUGUUGAUUUGCUCAGUAUGCGAUGAGAAACUUGUGUACCAAGACAUUGAAAAAUUCACCACUCAUGUUGCUAGUAGCCGACAUCAACGGACGUUGUUGGACUUUCUGCCUGGGGAUGCUCGGUUUCGUUUAACGGAGAAGGCUCUUGACAAAGCGGUGCAAGAUAUGAGGGCGUGAAGUGGAAGAUGAAGAUGAAUAAUGCCCAUGGUUCAAACUCUUGUGCUAAUUUUAAAGUCUCCUUUUCUGUAAAUUAACUUAUAAACAGAAUGGUUUCGUUGCAUGCAUAUUUCAUAGGUCGGAAAAGUAAAUUAUUUUAGUGUUCCAAACUCUAGUUUGCUUCACUCGAAGUAAGUUAUUAGUUUCAUUGGGAAA